AUUGUGUUAUUUUUAUAAUACGGAUCUACAGCAUGUCUGGAAGAGGCAAAGGUGGUAAAGGACUCGGCAAAGGAGGCGCCAAGCGGCAUCGCAAAGUGCUCCGUGAUAACAUCCAGGGCAUCACCAAGCCCGCUAUCCGCCGCCUGGCUCGCCGCGGAGGAGUGAAGCGAAUUUCCGGGCUGAUCUAUGAAGAGACCCGCGGGGUAUUGAAGGUUUUCCUGGAGAAUGUGAUCCGGGAUGCCGUCACCUACACUGAGCACGCCAAGAGAAAGACCGUCACCGCUAUGGAUGUGGUGUACGCUCUGAAGCGCCAGGCUCAACAAGCUGAUGGGAGGCGUCACCAUCGCUCAGGGCGGAGUGCUAGUUUGAAAAUGGCAAGAACUAAGCAGACUGCGCGUAAGUCCACCGGUGGAAAGGCGCCCAGGAAACAGCUUGCUACCAAGGCUGCUCGAAAGAGCGCCCCCGCUACCGGCGGCGUGAAGAAACCUCACCGUUACAGACCUGGCACUGUGGCUCUGAGGGAAAUCCGCCGCUAUCAGAAAUCCACCGAGUUGUUGAUCCGCAAACUGCCCUUCCAGCGGCUCGUCCGAGAAAUCGCUCAGGAUUUCAAGACCGACCUGCGCUUCCAGAGCUCCGCUGUGAUGGCGCUGCAGGAGGCUAGCGAGGCUUACCUGGUCGGGCUCUUUGAGGACACCAACCUGUGUGCCAUUCACGCCAAGAGAGUCACCAUCAUGCCCAAAGACAUCCAGCUGGCCCGCCGAAUCCGAGGAGAACGCAGCCUCAGCCCUCGUUUCAAGUAUUGUAUUAUUUUCAUAAUACGGAUCUACAGCAUGUCUGGAAGAGGUAAAGGUGGUAAAGGACUCGGCAAAGGAGGCGCCAAGCGGCAUCGCAAAGUGCUCCGUGAUAACAUCCAGGGCAUCACCAAGCCCGCUAUCCGCCGCCUGGCUCGCCGCGGAGGAGUGAAGCGAAUUUCCGGGCUAAUCUAUGAAGAGACUCGCGGGGUGCUGAAGGUGUUCCUGGAGAAUGUGAUCCGGGAUGCCGUCACCUACACUGAGCACGCCAAGAGAAAGACCGUCACCGCUAUGGAUGUGGUGUACGCUCUGAAGCGCCAGGGUCGCACUCUGUACGGAUUCGGGGGUUAAAGAUCUGGACACAAGGACACGAACACAAAGGCUCUUUUAAGAGCCGC